UUUUUUUCAAUUUUAUAAAUUUUAUUUUUCAUAGUAAACUAAGUGAUAUAAGUUUCAGUAUAAAUAUUUAGCUAUAAUGUUGUUUAAUUUUACGUGAUUUUAAAGUUUAAAAAGUGUAUCUACGUUUUAUUAUGAUUACAUUAUUUAUUAUAUAUGAGAAUCUGAGAAUUUAGAUUUUAGAAUGAUUUUAUUUUUAGUUUUUUAGAAAAUUGGUGAGUUAAUUAACUAAUAGUUGAUAGUAGUGACUUGGUUACUUAAGUUCUCUUUAUAAACUUGUGGCCUAUGUUUCCGUUUCGUUCAAUCAAAUAUUUCACAAUAUUUGAAGUCGUUUUGUUAACCUUCUACUCAGUUACUGGCAGUACCGCAAUGUAUAUAGGAUGUUAUUCCUUUAUUCUUGAAGUCAACAUAAAAAUGAUUCAUUCCUUUGAGAACUGCAAAGCUUUUUGCAUGAAGAACAGUAAUGUACCCUAUAUUGCAUUGCAUAAAGGCAGAGAAUGUUAUUGUGUGGCACGAGCCAGCUAUCCGGUUACGUCAAAACUUUGUGACUCAAGGUGUGCAAGCAGUCUAAACAACUUGAGAGAUGGGUGUGGGGGAAAGUUUUUCUAUUCACUCUAUUCCAUUAGGGCGACAGUGGAUUAUCAGCACUCUUUGAUUGAUCACAGUGCUAAGCUCACUCCUAAUUCAAUAGAAAUCGACGGAUCAGGUUAUCUAACAGUUGAAAUUUGCAUAUCUAUGUGCAUAGAGCUCAACAAAACUCUUGCCACAGUUGGAAGAACGAAAUGUCAUUGUGGAUCAAUUGAAGAUCAGAUAGAUCUGACGUCUCCACUCUUGUUCAAAAUUAAAUGCCACGCCACGUGUCCAGGGGAUACCAGUCAGAUAUGCGACUGCAAUACUAAAUAUUCAACAGAGUUCCAGGUUGAAGUGCAGACGGGAAGCUCCUAUAUAAGCCACUGCUGGAAUGGACCGGUACACAGACCCAGCGUUAGUUGUGCUGGUGGUUGUCAGCCUGGUUGGAAAGGAUCAUCAUGUGAUCUGAGAGACUGUUCUCAAAACAAUGGACAAUGCGGCAGUCAUCUCAAAUGUGAGGUGGUGACGGUGAACGACAGGACGUAUUCUGAAUGCGUUUGCACCAGUGACAAGUACAGAACUAAACUGUGGACUUGUGACACAUUAGCUGCCAAGAGGAAUCUGGCUUUGAGAAAAGGUGUAACUUCUUCACGCGUUUUAUCUCCAAAAGAGGGCAAAGGAAAUUUUCGAAGAGAAGAUAUGGUAGAUGGCCAAGUGCUCGGAUCCAAGAUGAUACAUCUGGAUUCGAGAGGGGACAGCAUUGAGUGGAUUGCGGUCGAUUUAGCUUUCGUGUACGAAAUUGAUUACGUUGUUGCUUUUAACAGACAGUGCGUGCCAACGAUUGACGACUGCGCAACAAGAAUUGAAGGACUUAAAGUUGGCUUGAACGAUACUCUGGAACUUGCCAACGAGAAGUUGUUGGGUAAUUAUUCAUUGUGUGGCGUGCUUCCGCCAAUGAAGAGAUAUUUGGCAGGGGUUCCUUUAAAAAUUUCUUGCACGUCUCCUGUUUUUGGUCGUUUCGUCAUCAUCCAGCCGAGAGCUGGUGUGCGUGGUUUCACGCUGGUCGAACUCGAAGUUUACGAAAAAGCCAAGCGUCAACCCGUAGAUAAGAUUGGAUGCUUCGAGGUCUUCGAAUCAAGCUUGAACGUUUCAGUCUCCAGCGUUCAGUCCUGUCAGGAUGAAUGCGAGAAUUACGGUCUCGAUAAUUUGAUCUUCGCUAUGAAGCGUGGAAUUUGCUACUGCGGGUCGAAGGCGGACAUGAUGAUUGAAGUCGUGUCCAUCGAAUGCGACAAACAUUUCGUCGUUUAUUCCGGUAGGAAGGUUUUUGUGGAGGCGUUGAUGGGUUGUUUCGUUAGUGGGAUGUUGGACGACAAGACUCCAACCAAGAUGAUCCUCUCCAACGAUUCAGCCUACACGUCCUGCUCUUUAUUUUGCAAGAGAUUAAACGCCGUUGAGUUCGCUAUUUCGAUAAUGUUUUGCCUGUGUGGAGACCUCUACGACAAAUAUGCCAUGGUCAGACCACAGGAAUGCAACGUCAAGUGUUUGGACAGGAAAAAGAAAUUGUGUGGUGCUGAUAAGAGAUAUUCUUUAUACAGAAUUUUCGACCGUUACGAUUUUCUGGAAAGACCCCGGCACAAUUUUUGCUUCAACUCUGAUGUUUCACUGGGAUCGAAUUGUAGUACUGUGCCAGGUGCUUGCUUUCCAGGGUGGAAAGGAGUGCUCUGUGAUAUCAGAGAUUGUAAGGUUGACAAUGGCAAAUGUGGAAACAACGCUUUCUGCUUGGAAUCCUUUGUUGACGGUAAGAAAGAAUCAAAAUGUCACUAUCCCGAUGGCUUUAAACUGACGGCGUCCGGAAAUUUAUUAGGUAUCUAUCUAAAUAAAGCGUCCGGUGUUAUGUAUCUCGGAUGUUACUGGGCGGUCGUGGCGGAGAGGAGUACUGCAGUUGAGUCUUACGCUGACUGUAAAAUAUUCUGCAGUCAGACACCUCAGAUCAUCAUGAUCGGCUUGCACAGAGGUGAGGAGUGCCACUGCUUGAGUAGUGCACGCUAUCCAGUCAGCUCGCUGCACUGCAAUCUCAGAUGUUCCGAUGGCAUUUCAUCUUGCGGGGGUUCUCAAUUUUUUUCCGUAUUUCAGAUUAAGCAUCAGUUGGACUUCAGUAACUUGCUGUUGACGAUAUCGGCCUAUGAUCUGAGGAGUAGGUGCAUCAUACUGAAGCACAAGUCGAUGACGUCAGAUAAGUGUGUGAAAGUUUGUCUCGAACUUAAAAAAAGUAUCGCCCUCUUGAAGGCCAGCAACCUGUGCGUGUGCACGACACCUCACCUGACAGACCCACUGAACUGCUUAUCUGAUGUUGAUUUCGUCUCAAACUGUACGCACGCCUGCCCAGGGGAUGAACACCAAAAAUGUUGGAGUGAAAACUGCCAGAUGAAAUUGUCCACACGCACCAAUUUCGAAAUGCAGACGUCAUUUUCCGCUCUGAUGCACUGCUCUGAUGGGGUUAAGUUCUCUACAAGUGAUUGUAAGAAGGGAUGCAAACCAGGAUGGAGAGGUGAACUAUGCAACGAAAGAGAUUGUUUAAAAAAUUUUGGAGACUGUGGAGCUCUGAUUUGUCAGAUGACAAGAGCGGGGGGCAAGGAAUAUUCAGAGUGUGUUUGUAAGAAGUUUUAUUACAGGACCAAGAAUUUCGUUUGUAAACCUCUGCCAAAAACGUAUAACCUGGCGCUAAGAAGAAAGGUCACCAUGAGUUCCUUUGGCCUCCUCAACUCUGAAAAUUCAUCGCUUAUCAAAUCAGAAUUUCAAGCAACUCAGCAUUGGAAGUAUGCUGUGGAUGGCAGUUUGGUCGAGUUGGAAGUUGUGCGUCUCUUCUCCCUGAACAGUUCCCACGCUGGCUGGCUGGCUGUCGAUCUGCUGGAGGAAUAUGCGAUCGCACGUGUUGUUGUCUACCCGAGGAAGUGCGACCAUCGAUGCAAAAGUAGUUUACCACAGCUGCUGCUGCUGCGUUUUAGCGUUCAAAAAAUUUUCUCGUUGUUUUUGAAAAAUGAAAUGAAUAUACGUAUCAUCUUACUCAUACGAUUGAUAGAUAAUUUAGAUCUAGAGCUCGACCAUCAUUUGUUGAUCACGCCAGGCUCAUUCGUUGUCGUUUUGAACUCGCGCUUGGAUGAUUCGGUACGUUCUCCGAGAUCGAACUCCGUUUUGUGCGGGGAGCAUUCAGCUGAUUCGAAAGGAGUGUGUCAACCACUCGAACCCAUCACCAUCGUCUGCAAUGACGCUUCCUACACCGCCAGGUUUGUUAUCAUUGAAAAGAUCGCUAACGUUGCAGCCGCUGCAAAGGGGGAGGACGUCCUCGCCGUCACUGAGGUUGAAGUUCACGGAGCUGUCCAGAAGCCCAACCAUCCGGUCUACAUCGGCUGUUUUGAGAAGUUCACAUCAUUCAACGUCAGUGAAGCCAGCCGCACAGAAGACUGUCAUAAAUUUUGCAAGAGCUUGGAUAGGGAGAACACGAUAUUUGCUAUUAAAAAAGGGACGACAUGUCACUGCGGUACGGAUGCCGACGUGAAGGUCGAUUUGAUGCACUGCGAUGAACACUUCCAGACGUUUUCAACCUAUCUGAACAAAGCGAGUUUCUUGGGUUGUUUCCAUGGUCACCAGCUGGAGGCGCUUGGAACGUUGAUGUACGAGGGGGACGUCAAAUCGCCGUUCAAAUCUUGCCAGUUUUAUUGUCGGUCUUAUCAUUUCAAAGAGUUUGCAUUGAAAAGGUCCGUAUGUUUGUGUGGUGAUAGGAUGUUUGAUGCCAGCAAGCAGAUCCCUACAAGUUCGUGUGCUAUCAUGUGUAAAGAUGAUUCUUCGAAAACUUGUGGCUCUUCCACAACUUUCUCCCUGUACAAAAGUAGGAGUCGGUUUAGCCACCGAACGGACCCAACACACCAUCACUUCUGCAUGAAUGAGGGUGACCUUUCGAAGGAUUGCCAGCCUGGCAACUGCACAGCUGGUUGGACUGGAGAGCUCUGUGACGUCAGAGAUUGUUCAGUGAAGAACGGCGACUGUGUGGAGAACUCGUCGUGUGUGGUGAACACGAGGGCGGGCAGGGAGAUCUCAGAGUGUAGGUAUCCAGUCAGACAUGGUCUCAACAAAUUGGGAAAAAUACAAAAAAUGGAGGAGAGUGCCGGUAAUGCGUCCAAGUACAUUGGCUGCUACGCCUCCGUUGUUCACUCAUCUGUAACCGCUGUUUACAGAAUCGAAGGUUGUAGAAUAUUUUGCGAGGACGAUGAUGAUUCAUACCUCAUCGGGCUUAACAAUGGUAGGAUGUGUUUUUGUGUGGAGAGGGCCGCCUAUGCGGUGUCGAGUAAACUCUGUGACAUGCCGUGUGGCCAGAAGGAUGAGAUUUGUGGUGCUGCCAAAUAUUACUCCAUCUACCAGAAAGUAUUGCAAGCCAUGAAGAAGUGCAGCAUCGUCAACUGGCCGCAGACUUUUAUUCACUUUAAUAAACAUUUUGCAGUUAAACCGGCAGAGGUGACAACGUUCGCGCUUCUUGACGCCGGCUCUCUCGUUCCUGAAAGUGCGAAAGUUUUCCAACAACUGCAUUCGCUGACUAUUGAAAUGUGCAUGGCCAUCUGUGCUGAAAAUAAUUUCCCCUUAGCUUACCUCACCGCAGGUGACGAGUGCAGAUGUGCAACGAGGGAUGCCGAGAAGUGCGGCCAUCCGAAAAGUUAUCAACAGAGCUGUAAUUCUCCAUGCAGAGGGAACGCCGAUCAGAAAUGUGGAGGAGAGAACUGUGCCGCAAAGUUCUUAGCGUGUCAAGUACAGAAUGGAGGUUGUGGUGGCCGUCUGACGUGCAACGUCGCCACAAUUAAAGGAGAUGAAUAUUCCGAAUGUGUCUGUCCGGAUGGCCAGUACAGGACUGCUACGUGGGAUUGCCAAAAUUUACCGCCUAAGAAUUUAGCAUUCAGGAAGAGGAUCCACUCCAGUCCCGAAUUUGAAGUCGGCCAGUCAAUGUAUCUGGUUGAUGGGCACAUCAUAAAGAAUUCCCUGUUUCCGGAUCUCCAAUCGCUGGAGGAGAUAAUAAUUACUUUGUACCUUGAAAAUGUAAGUAGCACAAGCUACAAAGUCGACCUGGACAAUGUUCUGGAUAGUUCCUCUCCUGGGAUGCUCUGUAACACUUACAGUUUGAAAGCAACCACAUGCGCCGGCUCAGCGAUUCGAGUUAACUGCUUGCACCCCGAACUGCGAGCGAAAUAUAUUUUCAUCCGUCCAACUGGUGAAUCGAAGCAUUACGUGGCCAUUGAUGAGAUCGAGGCCUACGGUGGGGACGAGGUUAGGCCGUUUCAUUACGUCGGUUGUUUUGGCUCUUUUAAAAUCGCUGAGACGUUAGACUCACGCCUUCUCUCGUUCAACAAGUGCCACAGAUUUUGCGAGCACUUCCAGAGGCCACUGCUGAUGAUGGCGCUGAAGAAUGGAGAGAAGUGCCAUUGCGGAACCUCACCUGACGACCAAGCAGAAUCAAGUUAUUGCGCUGUAAAGUGUCCAGGUGAUGAGCACGUUUGUGGUGGUCGCCUGCAUUUCGCUGUCUUUUCGCCUGAGCUGCCCGAGGAAAGUUUCGUUGGUUGUUACAAGGAGACGAUAAGGACGGCUGAGUUGCAGACAGUUUUCGUGGUCCAGGAGUUUGCUUUCGCAUCAUGUUCAGUGCACUGUAGGACGCAAAACUCCAUUGAAUUCGCUAUUAUGAAAUCCACGCAAUGCCUGUGUGGUGAUUUGAUGAAUGCCACUGAACAAGUUCCUACUGCUGAAUGUAACGAAAAUUGCGUCGAUGAUGCGACUUCGUCCUGUGGAGGCAGCCAACGGUUUGCUCUGUACAAAACCUUCUCAAGGUACGAAGCAAAAAGAGAGCGUAACUUCUGCCUGGACAGAGUAGCGAAACGACCCGAAUGCGGGGGAGGAAUGUGUGUGCCCGGAUGGAGUGGGCCGCUUUGCAACGUCAGAGAUUGUUCGGUGAAGAAUGGCGCCUGUGAAGGAAAUAGUUCUUGCGUGGAAGUAAUCGUAGGAGCUGAAGUGGUAACUGAAUCAAAAUUUGUCAAACGAGAGAAAGCGGCUGUCUCGGCUAGCAGACACGGUCAGUUUCCAUUGCCGAUUUCACUGCUCGUGGGGUUGGGUUUCUUCGUCCUUUCCUUGACGAUCGUGCUUGCUCUCCUCUACUUCAAAAAGUUUCCUCUACGUGUCGACCUCGAUGAGACACAAGCAGCGGGAGAAGCUGGCGGUAGGUCGCCGGAGGAGGAGGGUGAAAAAAUAUAA